AUGAGUGGGAGACGAGGAAAAAGAGAUGAAACAUCCGAUAGCGAUAUGACUGCUAUAAUGACAAUCACGUCUACUUAUACUAUCACAACUUCAACUUCAGGAAAGAGCUUAACAACGAAAGAAACAUCAACACUGACAAAAGUUAGUUCAAAUUCAAAAGAUUCUGAUCUUUCUGAUGCUACAGAUAGUGAGACAACGUUGUAUAUUACAUCUACUAGUACGGUAUCAACCAAAACACAUUCAGCUUCGAAGACAUCACUGAGCAAAGUAGUUAGUACCGCAGGAGCUAGAGGUCUAGAUGGUGUGGUAAGCACAAAUGAAUCUGGAAAUUCAGUCAAGAAAGGCUUGGCCAUUGGAAUACCAGUCUCGAUUGCAGCAUUAUUCAUACUAAUAGUGGUUGCAUUCAUAUACUUUAAGAAGAAAUCUUUCAGUAAAAGAAAGAGUAAAUUAGUAUCUUAUAAGGAUGAAUUUUUCAAAUACGUUCCAAAUGAGAAAAAGAAUAACGCAGGAGUUAGUCGAUUUAAUUCCUUGACAACACGAUCUAAUACCUUAACAUCAUCAACAACUAAUUAUGUUGCUCAGGAGAAGGCUUUUCCUGAGCCUAAAAGACAACUUGCACCAAACAAUGCUAUCAAGCGACAGUCAUUAAGGGUAUUUUUCAAAGAUAGGUUGAGUCGAGUCAUCUAUCCUAAAGACGAUGAUUACAAUGACAACGAAUUUCACAAUGGUAUUAAAUCUCCAGUCUUUCUUAGAAAAUUCAACCUUGGUAGGAAUCGAAGUUCAACAAUAGCGAAACCACAAAAUAUUUAUAAAAGUGACAGGAACGUGGCAGAACCUUCUAUGACUGAAGUCACUGAACCUCAGUUCCUCUCGCUACGAUACAACGAGUCCACUCAGUCAAUGAGUAAGAAUAAAACAAAGAAUAAAACUCUUCCAGGGUUGCCUAACUUAAUCAAUGCCGUUACUCUAUCUCUGGAUCGCUCAAUCUACUCAAACAAGGAGCCACAUGGAAAUUCAAGAGAGCUCCCUCGUGAUAAUGUAUAUCUAGUGGUGAAAUCUUACCAUAAGUUGCUAAAUGAUGAAGUAGAUAUAACUGUCGGAGACAAAGUUCUAAUGCUCGAGAGCCAUUCCGACAACUGGUGUAAAGUCAGACUCCUCAGAGACAGUAACGAGUAUUUCUCGAACAUUGCUCAAGAAGAAGGUGUGGUUCCAAAGAUGUGUUUAAAGAAAAUGCUUUGA